UAUGUUUUUACACCGAAAUUUGGAGGGUCCAUCAUCACAUUAGUAAGGGUUUUUUGUAAGAGCACUUUAUUAAGGUUGUGAAGAAGAAGACUUGAACACCAUUUAAUGGGCUUGGUAAAAUGGGAAGGAAAUGUCUCGAAAAUGAUACGAAAUGCCACGGUAGAACAAAUAUGGCCUUUACUUGCAGACUUCUUCAAUUUCAACAAAUGGUUUCCUACCUUAGCCACUUGCCAAGGAAUCCACGGUACCAACGGUGAGGUUGGCUGCAUCAGAUACUGCUCAGGGUUCUCAAUACCGUCCAAUAACGUUGAUGAUCAAAUUAGCAGUACUCCAAUUAGCUGGUCCAAAGAGAGGUUGAUUGCCAUUGAUCAUGAUCAGCAUAGUUUAAGCUAUGAAAUUUUGGAAAGCAACAUUGGAUUUCAGUCCUAUGUUUCGACAUUCAGGAUCUAUGCAGGAGGAAGUGAAUGUCGUGAUUGUGUGAUUGAGUGGUCCUUUACCGUUGAUCCUGUGGAAGGGCUGGCAUUAGAUGAUUUGGUCAGAAAAUAUGAUGUGGGGUUACAACGAAUGGCACAGAGAAUGGAAGCCUCCUUUGAAAAUUUCCAGCCACCUCAGUAAUUCACUCUUAAUAUAUUUAUGUUUUAUCUAUCAAUGACUUGCCAUUAAUGGGAUGCGUGUGGUUUUAUGUUUAUGUAUUUUUCUUGAAAUAUGAUUUAUAUUGCUCUGGUUUUCAUUUCA